AUGAGAGACCUUCAAUGUGGUGCCAUCAUCACCAAAGGACUGCUGCCUGUUUUCUGGUACCAGCGGGCAAACACAACAGGGAGUUAUGCAACUGAGCUUAACAACAGCAUCAGCUCUACAGAGCACGUCCAGGAUGCUGAUCCAGAGUCCUCAGUGUCUGAGAACAGAAGCCAAAACGUAACAAAAUUCCCAAGUUUGGAGAAGCUGAUCACCUCUGAAAUACAGAAUGGUUCAUAUCAUCCGGGAAACUGUCCACCAGGAGAAUGCCCAUGGCAGGCCCUGCUCGUGAGUGAAGAUGAAACAGGUUUCUGUGGAGGAACAAUACUGAAUGAAAACAUUAUUCUGACUGCCGCCCACUGCAUGCACCAACAGCAUAACUUCAGCGUCAGGCUCGGUGAGUUUGACAGGUUGGUGAUUCAUGGUAAUGAAGUUGACCAUGAAGUGGAAACCAUCCUCAUACACAAACACUACAGUUUGGUCACCGACGACAACGACAUCGCACUCAUCAAACUGGCCACGCCCAUCAAGUUCACCCGGUUCAUCCUGCCAGCCUGCAUUCCUGAACGAGACUUUGCUGAAAAGGUCCUGAUGCAUGAGCCGGCCGGCAUCGUCAGCGGUUUUGGAAAACUGAGCGAGCAGGAAGAGCCAUACAUCAUGAAGCGCCUCAUUGUACCCUAUGUGGACAGUCAAACCUGCACUGAAUCCAUUAGAUUUCCCAUCACAGAUGGCAUGUUCUGCGCUGGCUACGGCACGGAAGCCAACGACCCCUGCCAGGGUGAUGGCGGCGGGCCACACGUCACACGUUAUCGUGACACCUACUUUAUCACUGGCAUCGUGAGCUGGGGUGAAGGCUGCGGACGCAAGGGCAAGUAUGGCGUCUACACCAAGGUGUCCAAGUACAUUCAAUGGAUCCAUGAGGGUAUCAAGAAGCUGAUGCACAAUGAUGCAAGCAGUGCCAGGAGCCACACCUAAAACAUAUUUGUGCCUCUUAUGUAAUUACUUCUGAACAGUCAGAGAAACAGCAUUUAUUCCUGUGAGCAAAGCUGCAAACUCCACCUGUGACACACAGAAUUAGAGUCAGUAAUUGUUUAUGGCGUCCCUCAGGGUUCUAUUCUUUGUCCUUUGUAUUUUUAAUGUGGCUUAUGCAACACUAAGGUAUCCACAGCGAUUAUUCGAAGUCAUAUUUGUGUCGAAUUUAAGUCCAACAUUCAUCCCUUUGGCUCUGUAUUUGGUCUCUUCUCUCUGGCUGUUUCGUGCUCUGGUUUGUUCCCCUGAUUCCUCUUUAACGCUUUCUGUUGACACUGAUUCCAUUAAAGAUACAACUGACACUAAUAUGGCAAAUCCACUGAAAUGUAAUCAUUUUGCUGAUCAGCGUGAUUAAAAGUGAGAAUGAAAA